AUGUCUGGAGAAGAGGAUCUUAUCGACUACUCCGACGAUGAGCUCAACAACGAGACCACCGCUCCUGCCUCGAACGGCAAGAAGGGCGAUGCCGCCGCUGCUGCGCAGAACGUCGACAAGAAGGGUUCCUAUGUCGGCAUCCAUUCGACCGGUUUUCGCGACUUCCUUUUGAAGCCGGAGCUUCUUCGCGCCAUCGCCGACUGCGGCUUCGAGCAUCCGUCGGAGGUUCAACAGACAUGUAUCCCACAGGCGAUGCUUGGCGGCGAUAUCAUUUGCCAGGCAAAGUCUGGUCUCGGUAAAACGGCCGUCUUCGUGCUCACCACCCUUCAACAAGUCGAGCCCGUCGCUGGAGAGUGCUCGGUGUUGGUUAUGUGCCAUACCCGCGAGCUUGCAUUCCAGAUUCGCAACGAGUACAACCGUUUCAGCAAGUACAUGCCCGAUAUCAAGACGGGUGUGUUCUACGGUGGUACACCUAUCCAGAAGGACGCCGAAGUCCUGAAGAACAAGGAAACGCACCCCCAUAUCAUUGUCGGCACCCCCGGUCGCCUCAAUGCCCUUGUUCGUGACAAGCACCUGCGGCUCGGAAACGUCCGCAUGUUCGUCCUGGACGAGUGCGAUAAGAUGCUCGACCAGAUCGAUAUGCGCCGCGAUGUGCAGGAGAUCUUCCGGGCCACGCCGCAGCAAAAGCAGGUCAUGAUGUUCUCUGCCACGCUUGCUGACGAAAUCAAGCCGAUUUGCCGGAAGUUCAUGCAGAAUCCCACCGAGCAUUAUGUUGACGAGGAUACCAAGUUGACCCUCCACGGUCUUCAGCAGUACUACAUCCCUCUUGAGGAGAGGGAGAAGAACCGGAAGCUGAAUGAGCUGCUUGACGAGCUUCAGUUCAACCAGGUCAUUAUCUUUGUCAAGAGCACUAUUCGUGCCACGGAGCUCGACAAGCUUCUGCGCGAGUGCAACUUCCCCUCCAUUGCCGUCCACUCCGGUGUCAGCCAGGAGGAGCGUAUUCGUCGGUACAAGGAGUUCAAGGAGUUUAACAAGCGCAUCUGCGUGGCCACGGAUGUGUUCGGCCGUGGCAUUGAUAUCGAGCGGAUCAACCUCGCUAUCAACUAUGAUCUGCCCGCCGACGCCGAUUCGUAUCUGCACCGUGUCGGUCGUGCCGGCCGUUUCGGCACCAAGGGUCUCGCUAUCUCGUUCGUCAACUCCGACCAGGACAAGGAGGUUCUGCAACAGAUCGAGAAGCGCUUCGAGGUCGCUCUUCCCGAGUUCCCCAAGGAGGGCAUCGAUGCGUCCACCUACAUGGCCGCUUAA